ACACACUUGAGGCGCGCGCGACGCAACUGCAAGAAUCAAGCCAAAAGUGAUAAUAAAUAAAUAAAUAUUAAGAAAAAAAUAAGACUGCUUGAAAUCCGCAUUUAUUUAUAAAAUUAAUAAUAAAAAAAGACAAAGAGUGACGCAAAAUUGUGAAAAAUAGAACUUUGGUGACCGUGAAUUUUUUUUAUUACGACGACAAUUAAUAAAAAAAAAAUAAUUUUGAAAUAUUUUAAUAUUCUGUGCGAUAAAAAGUAAUAACGGAUCAUCGUGACGACGAGCCAACUACCGAAUGUUUUGGUUUUCAAUUAGCAGAUUUCUGUCCGUCCAUACAUAACUCAUGCAUGUUUAUUACUUUGGUGACAGAAUAAAUUGAUAGUAGAGGCCAAAAACGUUAUUUAAUCAAGUCGAAGUUUUGUUGCGUUUCGUUCGAGUUCUGUGCUGUGUUACAAAUGUGUGUCAACGUAAAUAUUUUAAACUAAGAAAGCACGCAGCAGAGAUCGGAAAAAAUUUAUUUACAAACAAGUUUUACAAAAAAAAAAACGAGAAACUCUAUUUUAAGACAUGGAUCGCAGCGAAAAAGUACUGGACUGCAUGACACAGAGCGACAUGGAUUUCACGAGUCCCGAAGAGACAAUCAAGUGUAUCUUAUUGUGCGAAUUCCAUUACACGGCGGGACCCAAAAUUGUCUGUCAAAUCCCAAACGACUACAUUAGCAAGGAGGAAUUCGGUCUCAUUCAUCCUUAUGUCAUCCCAAAAAUCGAGAUGCAAAAGACCUUUUUGAGUGUCUCCAUGACUGAUAAGAAAAUUCUCGGAUACGCUGUGCGAAUUGACAACAAAAAGUACGCCAGGAACGUUUUUCACUUCAAUAUUUGCUUCGUUUUCCAUCCGACGACAAGGACGAUUGCAUACGAGCCGAUAAUUCGGAAAUUAUCUGAUCAUUUGUUAUCGCUGGAGCUUACGACGAAAUUGUUAUCGCAGCAAAGCACAAAUCCCGUACAGCUUGAGCGGUUGUCCAAAAUGCUUGAAACGGCACGCGACGAGAUUAACACGAAGAAAAAGUGCAUGUUACAAGAUGGAAGUACCGUCAUCCCGUUAUGCGUCAUCCCACUCUACAACGACAAAGUGCACGUGCAAUCACACCAAGCUCCCGUUCUACUCGACAAAUUCUAUUCCUAUGACUUUUCGCAAUGGGAUCUCACCACGCUCCGCAUUUAUCCUUACAUGAACGGGUACAAUCACAUUCAUCGCAUCUCUCAAUUGUCAGACGUCGCACUGGAAAUUGUGCUCGAAUGCGUUCGUCACUUGGUGAUUUUUGAAGUGGCAUUGUGCUUACCUGUCUUUCAGUACUCGAACGUGUAUCGACCAACGCCAAAAAUCUCGAUGUUAGCCAAAUGCAAGGAGCUACAACAACUAGCGGUGCGAAAAUGCAGCCGAUCUGACAUCAAACAGGCACGAUAUUCGGAUAUUUUUCGCAUGUAUGCCUACAUGACGCAUGGUGCCACGUUGGGAGAGCUGUGUGUGCGUUUCAAUCCAGCUGGUUUGAACAUCAACGAACGCGAGACUGUGCUAUUUGGCUUGAUUCAUGGACUCAUAAGAUGUGUGCAAAAGUUUCCGGUGUCUGUCAAGAAGAAUUUAUUCAGUCAUCGGGAGGAAAAUGACACCAAAAUUAACAAACCUGUGCCGCGGGAGAACAAAAAAUCGCUUCUCAAACAAACGCCGGGCAUCACGACAAAGACUUUCAAUGGAACAAAGUCGCUAGACGAGAUUUGCGUCACAACUGGACUGAGUUGCAAACAACUCGAAGAGUAUCUGGCACGCGAUAAGCAUGUCAUAGUUUUACAAAGAUAGACGUUUUUUUAUAAUAUUUGUUAUAAAAUAUUUUUUUGUUGUUUUUUAUGUUUAAAUUUUACGAUAAGGACGACUUUUUGUCACAAAAGAGGACCAAAUAAAUGUUAAAAAGUGAAUUUUAUUCCAAUUUA